UACUUGUACGCUUGUACAUUUCACCAUUUCACCCGGAAGUGUAGAGUCCAGUGCAACCUGCAAUGGCUGGUGUUGAGUGGAAUGGAUAGCAGGGGUUUCAAUUAUUUCAUUACGCAUACAAGAAGGUACUGUUUUUGAAACUGCAGAUAACCAGUAAGGAUGACAAUGGCCCAUGUAGGAGCAGUAGUGGCUACUGUCACAGGGGUGAUUGCUCUUCUUCUUCAUUCUUCUAUACACAAGAUAGAAGAGGGACAUCUCGCAGUUUAUUAUAGAGGUGGUGCUUUGCUGACUACGCCAAAUGGUCCAGGCUUUCAUAUUAUGCUUCCAUUUAUUACAACAUACAGAUCUGUUCAGACAACACUACAAACUGAUGAAAUAAAAAAUGUGCCUUGUGGGACAAGUGGGGGUGUCAUGAUCUACUUCGAUAGAAUAGAGGUGGUCAAUAUGCUGGUUCCAUCUGCAGCUGUUGACAUUGUGAGGAACUACACAGCAGACUAUGACAAGACAUUGAUCUUCAACAAGAUUCACCACGAGCUCAAUCAGUUUUGCAGUGUCCACACCCUCCAGGAAGUUUACAUUGAGUUGUUUGAUAUAAUUGAUGAAAAUCUGAAGCUGGCACUACAAAAGGACCUGAAUGCAAUGGCACCAGGUCUUACAAUUCAGGCAGUUCGUGUUACAAAGCCAAAAAUCCCAGAGACUAUCAGAAGAAAUUUUGAACUAAUGGAAGCUGAGAAGACAAAGUUGCUUGUUUCUGCACAGACCCAAAAAGUCGUCGAGAAGGAGGCCGAAACCGAAAGGAAGAAAGCUAUUAUAGAGGCACAGAAGGUUGCACAAGUUUCUGAAAUUCACUUCCAGCAAAAAAUGAUGGAAAAAGAAACUGAGAAGAAGAUUUCUGAAAUAGAAGAUGCAGCAUUCUUGGCGAAAGAAAAGGCCAGAGCAGAUGCAGAGUACUACACUGCAGAAAAAACUGCCCAAGCAAACGCGUUGAAACUAACCCCGGAAUAUCUUGAGCUCAUGAAAUACCAGGCGAUUGCUGCUAACAGUAAGGUUUAUUUUGGCCAAGACAUCCCAGACAUGUUUGUGGAUAACGGUGCCUUUCAGCCUAGGAUUCAGCAUGAAGAGGACACCGUUUCCACUGAUCUUCUGGAAUCGCUAGGAAAGGCAAAAAAAACAAAGAAAGCACAUCGUACUGAUUCGAAGGGAGGGUAACAGAAGAUCUGGUUGCUUGAGAUUUGGUGGGUAGAUUGUGUGGCAUGCUGACUUGUUUAAUAAUAAAAAUGUAUGAUUGGUGCUUUAUAGCUCUGACAUUUACUAGUGGAAUAUGACAGGACUGCAGGUUUUAUAAAGCAGACCAUUUGUUUCUAAAAACUGGUUUGUAAAUCUACAGUCUGGUUUUCAGAUCAAAUGCCUACACACCCUGCCUUGAAUACUGCUGCAUUAUAACAGGGAUGCCUAAACACAAAUCUACCAGUUUUUUUUUUCUAUAAGAAAAAAAGAAUAACACCUCAUAUGCUUUAACACAUUUUUUUAAAUCAAAAGAAAAGUACUUGGAUAAAAGUUAAACUAAAUGUUUGUUACAAGAAGAUACAUGCUUUUUUACAGCUUUUAUCGGUCUAAGCUAACAUUUCUAUACAUAUUUUCAAAAGGGGGUUGGGGUUAAACUUAAGGUUCUUCACAGAAUUUCUUUCUAAAGCUAGGAAAUACGGCCUAUAAACAAAAGGUAUAAAUGCAAUUUUUUUUCAUGUUAUUCCUAGUGCUUGACUGGAAUGGUGUUCUUUCUUGAGUUUACACCAAGUAAACUUAGUUUAUCUGAGAUGCCUAUUGUGAAAAUAUGCAAAUAUUGCAGUAUGACAGCAGGAAUGGUUAAUACUACAAUUUACUGAAUGAUGUGAAUUAAUUUGAUUUUUGUUUCACAAAUAAAACAAAAAAGAAUUUUA